CUCAACGUAUAGCAGACCGCGUAGCCUUUCUCGACAGAUAAAAAAACUCUUUUCUAUUGAGUUAAGGAGUUCUAUUACUUGUAGUUAAAGAGUGUUUUGUGAAUAAAGUGACUAAUUUUGUUAUUAAUAAUACAGUAAAGGAACUAAUCGAUUGGAGCGAUGCGGAAUAGACUGGGCGUGAUAAAAUGGCGCAUACGCGGUAUCAGUGAGCGAAAGUUGAACACAUCCGCACAAUGCCGUGCCGACAGAAGCGAAAUAAACGCUAAUGUACAAUGUCCGGUGCAAGGACAUCGUGCGCGGUCUACACACGCAGCUGUCGGCUCGGUAUUCGACACCGUGUCUCCGUCAGUCAAAUCCUGGGAGGAAGUGCCUGGUCCUAAACCUUUGCCGUUACUUGGCAAUACUUGGCGCUUUGUACCUUAUAUUGGUGGAUAUUCUGUGGAACAUGUGGACAAAGUAUGUUUGUCAUUACGUGAGAAAUUUGGCAAAUGCGUCAAGAUGGCAGGCCUUCUCGGCAGACCUGAUAUGCUGUUUGUUUUUGAUGCUGGAGAAGUGGAAAGAGUGUUCAGAGGAGAGGAUUCAGCCCCACAUAGGCCCUCAAUGCCGUCUUUAAAUUACUAUAAGCACACACUUCGGAAGGAUUUCUUCGGUGCUGAAAAAGAUUGCGCGGGUGUUAUUGCUGUUCAUGGUGAUUCCUGGGCUGCAUUUAGAACCAAAGUGUCAAAGGUUGCAUUAAGCACAAGCAGUGCUGCACAAUACACAGUUCCAGUAGCUGAAGUCGCUGAUGCUUUUGUUAAUAGAAUUCGUGAAAUACGAGACGAGAACUCCGAAACGCCAGGUGACUUCUUAAAUGAAGUUCAUAAAUGGUCUUUGGAGUCUCUAGGUUUAAUAGCAUUAGACACAAGGUUGGGUUGCUUCCAGUCAGUCGAAGGUUCAGAGAGCCAGCGUCUUAUAGUGAAUGAAAAUAAUUUUUUUUAGACAUUAAAAAACAUUUUAAUUCGCAGUUAUCUACGUCAGUAUUAUUGAUUUUUAAAAUAACGACAGUUGUUUCAUAGUAAUGAAAUACCUAAAUCUAAUUUCAGUGUAACUUUAAACCACGUGGAGCGCGCUCUGAAGGAGUGCGAGGCGAACGGCGGCAGUAAAUCAUUGUUACAAGAUCUGGUGACAGCAGCAGGGCCUAGGGUCGCCGCGGUGGCUGCUUUGGACCUCUUCCUGGUGGGAAUCGAUACGACAUCGAAUGCGGUUGCUUCGACGUUAUAUCAGCUAGCAUCUAGACCUCAAAUCCAGGAGACACUGCACCAAGAGAUCACAAAGGUCUUACAAGGAAGACCGCUAGCUCCAGGCGACAUUAACCAAAUGCCGUAUUUAAAAGCAUGCGUUAAAGAAGUUUUGAGACUGUUUCCCGUUGUAAUCGGAAACGGUAGACAAUUGACGAAAGAUACCGUUAUAUGUGGCUACAAUAUACCAAAAGGGACUCAAGUCAUCUUCCAACACUACGUGAUGGGCAACUCCGAGGAAUAUUUUUCUGACGCUGCGGAGUUCCGGCCAGAGCGUUGGAUCCAGCGGUCGACGUAUAAGCACCACGCUUUCGCGUCUUUACCCUUCGGCUUCGGCAAGAGGAUGUGUCUCGGUCGACGGUUUGCUGAACUUGAAAUGCACAUAGCGCUAUGCAAGAUCGUGCAAGCGUUCAAGAUGGAGUAUCAUCACGAGCCACUGGACUACCAUAUACAUCCUAUGUACACGCCAAAUGGACCUCUUCGGUUAAAGUUUAUUGACCGAUAAACAUAAACUAUGAACUGAAAUUCAUCGCUCUCUAUAUGUGUAAAGAUUUUUUAUAAUCUAACAAUAAACUUGAAUGACUAUACGAGUUUUCUGUAAUUAACUGUAGUGUUUUUUUGUUUUUUUUUUUAAUGGAAUCACCAUAAAAUAUAAAUAUAUUUGCAUUAUGCAUGUCGUUAUCGACUGUACCUUCUUGUAUUAUCUGUGCUUGUAUAAAUGUUUAUUAAGACAAAGUCGUGAAACUCUACUUUG